CUCACCAACAUACUUGCCGGGGAAGUCCCACCUCCUGUCCAAGUCAAGUCUGUUUCCUCCGCCGGGAUUCACCUUCAGGAUGGGCUUUUGCUUUCGUCCUCGUGUAUUUUCCUGGAGGGGAAGGUCUUUCUGUGGGAUGUCCCACCGACCCUCUGGCAGGGCUGGAGCAAGGAGAGAUUCGAGCUGUUCGAGCUUGUGGUACCAAAGCCUGAAAUCCUCUUGCUGGGAACGGGAGAGACCGUGUCUCCGCCUCCUGCGCUCUUGAGACAGUAUCUUGGCUCACUCGGAAUACAGAUCGAAGUUAUGAACACUUGGAACGCUUGUACCACAUAUAACCUCCUCGCUGAAGAAGGCCGACGUGUUGCUGCUGCAUUACUUCCCUUCACACCCCGACCAUGGAAG